GAAGAUCAGCGGCAACUAACCCUGUUCACUUGAUCUACGAGAUAAAAAAAAUUCUGAUCUUGAUCAACCGAAUGGGAAGGGUCUACUGCAGAUCCUGCCUGUUCUUCCUUGCGUGCAUCUUCCCGAUCAUCGUCUUCUCGUCCUAUCUUCGGCGCACUUACUUCUUUCAGUUUCCUCCACUGACUCUGUUCCCCUCCAACCCCGAAACAGCACACGCCCUGAGCAAGACGCAGAGAGCCGACUCUCAGAGGUCUGGAGCCACCAUUAUUGAUAUCUUUACACCAAAGAGGAAGAAUGAGUUUCGUGUUACUGAGAAGAGCGGAUUGGAGAAGGUAGAAGAUGGCCUCUCUAGAGCUCGAGCGGCGAUCAGAAGAGCGGUCCUGUCCAGAAGCUUCACUGUCUCCCAGAAGAAUGGCUCUUUUGUUCCUAGAGGCUCCAUUUACCGUAACUCCUACGCCUUCUAUCAGAGCUACAUGGAGAUGGAGAAGAGGCUGAAGAUAUUUGUUUACGAGGAAGGAGAGCUACCCCUUGUGCAUGACGGCCCUUGCAAUGAGAUAUAUUCCAUAGAGGGCCAGGUUAUUAACGAGCUGGACCAAUACAGACCUUUUGUUACAGAAAAUCCCCGAGAGGCUGUCGUCCAUUUCCUUCCCAUAAGCAUCACCAAGAUUGUGCAUUUCCUCUAUAGGCCAGGGUUUUAUGACCGUGCUCCUCUCCAAAGGACCGUGGCGGAUUACAUCCAGGUGAUAUCAGCCAAUCACCCCUUCUGGAAUAGAAGCAAAGGCGCUGAUCACUUCAUAAUCUCUUGCCAUGACUGGGGGCCAGAUGGUACAAGGACCAACUCUGAUCUCUUCAACAACUCCAUCAGAGUCCUCUGCAAUGCAAAUGUCUCUGAAGGUUUCAACCCCAAGAAAGAUGUCAGUAUUCCAGAGAUCUUCCUCAAAAAUAAGAAACUCCCCGAACCAAUAAAUCCGGCGCCGCCGCCUUCCUCCCGGCCGAUCCUCGCAUUCUUUGCCGGAGGAAGCCACGGCAGUAUCAGGAAGAUCCUUCUUGAUCAAUGGAAGGGUACGGACUCCCAAGUUCAAGUCUUUGAGUACCUAUCACGAGACCAAAAUUACACCGAGUUCUUGCUCAAGUCCAAGUACUGCCUCUGCCCAAGUGGCUAUGAAGUUGCCAGCCCCAGAAUUCCGGAGGCAAUCUAUUCCGGCUGCGUUCCGGUCACCAUCUCCGAUCACUAUGUGCUUCCAUUCAGUGAUGUGCUUAAUUGGUCGAGGUUCUCUGUUCAGAUUCCGGUGUCAAGAAUACCAGAAAUCAAGGAAAUUCUCCUGGGGAUUCCUGAAAGCAGCUACCGGAAGCUGCACAAGAAUGUUAUGAAGGUUCAGAGACACUUCACACUGAAUCGGCCCGCAAAGAGCUUCGAUGUUAUGCACAUGACGCUUCAUUCCAUUUGGCUUAGAAGGCUCAAUUUGAGACUCCACCAAAUGUAGAUGUC